UAUCGCCGUAUCGGUGACUCCCAUUGGCACGCUACACAGGCAUGACCCGUUUUAAUGGCAGAUAAAACGGCCGAUUUUCAAACCUGGUUGAGAAUCUUGAGAUGAUAUAAAGCGAAAAUGGUUCUUUCUUUUCAUUUAGAUCUCAUUCAAAAGUUGAUUUUCAGAAAUUCAGUUCCCGCUUUUGAUUUCCCGCCUCUUUUUUAUAUUUAUCUAUAUUAAGUAAUCCAUCUAUUGCUGGAUCGAUCUUGAGAGAGAGAGAGAGAGAGAGAGAGAGAGAGAUGUUUGGAAGAGUGAGAGCCGCUGCUUCUAAUUCACUGGACAGUUUGGAAUUAGAGAGACCAUUUCCUUCAAAGAUUAUCAAAGAUGAUUCUCUCUCUAUCUACGAGAUCACUCUUCAAAAGCUUAGACUUGGUUCUCGAAGAGCUUUGAUCCCAUCAGCCUCUACAGACACUUUAAAUGCAUCUGCCACAGAAGCCAUGAGGAUAGACAUUCCUCCUGCAUCCUCGGCAGACACUUUAAACGCAUCUGCCACAGAAGCCAUGAGGAUAGACAUUCCUCCUGCAUCCUCGGCAGACACUUUAAACGCAUCUUCCACAGAAUCUAUGAAGAUAGACGCUCCUCCUCCUUCAACAAGUACUCCUUCCAGUUCUGGUAUUGGCGAAUCCAUCCACAUCUGCGAAAAACAAAUGGUGGAUACUUCAUGUACUUCUCUUUCAGAAUCCAAAUGUAAAAAAGGCCUUCGGACUCAUCAUGACUUUGGUGUAGUGAGUGGUAACCUUGAGUUUCAACCAGUUGGACAGAAGGUAUGAUGUUUUGUAUUAACUAUAUUGUAAUAUUAUUGUUGUAAGCUGCAAUACAUUGCUUAUUGUAAAAGACGUGGGAGUUUGUAAUGGUUUAAUAAAAAUUAUUUUUGAUUGCAAA